AUGCCUUUAGAAUUAAAGUCAAGGGCCAAUUCUGAGACUUAUGAAGAAAUCUCUGAUAAUUACGCUGAUUUAAGGGUUACACUUAUAGGAAAUAAUGAUUUGAAAUAUAAAUUGAUCGGGGAUACUAAGUUUAUGGAGAGGUUAGUUCAUGAAUUCAGUAUUGUUAUCAACAAGGCGGUUUUGGACCCGAAUUACUUCUUCUCCAAUAAUAUUAACGAAUUCUUGAAUGAUUUAGAACAUAAAAUCGUUGUGGUGAAAAUCUUAUCCUCAUUUAUCACAGAAAUCAGUCCGAACAACAACCCAAAUAUUUCAACCAGUUUGAAUGAAUUCGAAGGACUAAUUCAGCCAAUGAUUUCUUUCGUGUCAUAUUUCAUUGAAAAGUUUGCUCCUUUGAUCUAUAGUCAUACAUUGGAUGAUAAUUUGGUCCAUACUCUCGAAAUAAUGGUUGAAUAUUGUCUCGAUAUAUUUGUUGCUCUUUUUAACAAUAAAAGCUAUGGUACUUUGUUUGAAAAUGAUGGAACAAACAAAUUAUGGAGAUUUAUUACUUCAUUGCUUAUUAUUACGUACGAUGCAUCGGACAUUUCUGAAUUGAUAUUGACUAAACUGUUGAAAUUAGUGCCGGUAUUACUUAAUAAUGCUAGAUCACGCACUAGUAUACAUGAGCCAUUAGUUACACUUUUAUCUACGCUUUUGAAGAGGUUAUCAAAGGAGUGCAAAACAUUGUGCCUGUCAAAUUUCCCUGCAAUUGAAUUUACCCCAGAAAUAGUUAACAGAGCCGGAUUUGAAGACCCUAAUUUACCCAAUCUUGAAUUGAAUCCAUAUAUUUUUAGAACGAAAGUGAAUUUAUUAUUAUUGACUGAUUUAAUUACUUGCACUGCUCAGAUUUUCAGUUUUCUGAAUGAUAAUAAAUAUGGUCUUUUUAUUAACUCAUUACUAGAUGUUGACAAACAAAACCAAGAUAAUGCUUUAUUUCUGCCCGAUGUCUACCUUACCAUGUUGUUAUUAAUCAAGUAUGAAAACAAAGCAUUGAAUUUAGCUGCAUUGAAUUUGGUAUAUUUUCAUUUGAAUAAUUUAAAGCAGUAUUCGAAUCAAGCUGAUACUGAAAAGAGAGAGGAGUCAAUAUUCAAUAACUUUAAGAAGAUCACUCCAAAGUUAAUAGAAUUAUUAAGCUUAGAUGACAAUAAAUUUGUCAAGCCCACAACAUUACCGAUAUUUUUAUUAUCACCAACUAAAAUAUUAACCAAUUUAAGCUCACAAUAUCCUUCUAUCAGUGAUGAAUUGAGAAAGAACAAUGUAGACUACAAAAUAAUGAAGGGUUUGGAAUUACGGUUUAAGUCUAGUCAGAAAUUAAAGUACUUCAGACUAUUGAAACUGAACUCUCAAAAUUGUACCAAAUUGGUGGAUUUUACGGUGAUGAUGAAUUAUCUUCAAGAAACAAAUUUGAACAGUCUUAGUGAUUUGCUUUUAUUGUUAAGUGUAUUCACAAGCAAGAAAGAGGAAUAUCGUGAAAGAGUUGUCAAUUACAAACUUACAGAUACUAAGUCAAAACACCAACAUACAUUUUCACAAAUGGUGUUUGAAUUAAUUGAUGAUUAUAGGUUCAUACUAAUUCAAAUUCAAUUAGUACAUAGAAUACUAUAUCCUAAGGACAAUAUUAAGAAAUUUUCAGAACAAGAUAUUCCUUGUUUAAGUAAGAAUUUGGGCGUUAUGAUCACUUUAGUUAAUGAUCCAGCUUACACUAAUGUUCUUUACUUGAUUAGGUCGCUUUCUAGAUCCGUUGCAUUAUUAAGAACAUUUUUUGUUGAUUGUAACUCGAUUGUCAGCGAAAUUGAUAUUGAAACAAGCUCAAGCGACAUUGCUAGAUCAAGAUAUGCCAGAGAUAGAAAUUCUUCAAGUGGUGGCUUUAUAAGUAACAUUUUGCAAAUUCUUAAAGGGAAUGAAAUUUCUAGUAAACUUAUUCAAUUUUUCUGUAAUUUUAAUUCUGAAGAAGAUACUGGAAAGCAGCUUAAUAAAUCUCAAAUGCUCAACAAAUCUAUUACAUUAGGGACAAUAGCAAACUUUGUGCUUGAUUUUAGCUCUUUCCGUUAUAAUAUAGUUAAUGAUGAGGGCUUUUUAAAGAAUUUAUCAGUUAUCUAUAAAAACUCGUUGGUGACAAACCAAAAUAUUUCUGCAGGUAAAGUCGAUGAUGAAGAAAUGUUCCAGAAAAAUACAAUACAAUUAAGUAUUUUACAAAUCUUGAAAAAUUACAUGUACAAUGAGAAUCAAGAAAAUAAAAAAGAGUUAAUUGAAUAUUUUCCAAUAUCGAUAUUAUUCGAUAAAAUAGUAUAUGGGGUGGCUAAAACCGGGAAUAUUCCUAGCCAUGGUAUUGGAAGCGAAAGCGAGGAAAUUAAAGGCUUGAAAUUGCAACAGAAGAUUGUAGCUUUUGACAUUCUAAGAAAUUUGACCGCGGGUUCGCCAUAUUUCAGUCAAUAUUUAAUCGAUGCAUAUGACAAUAAGUUGGGCGAUGAUGUCAAAAGAGAAGAUAAGCUUCCAUUAAGUUGGGCAGAUUUUGUCAUUGAGAAUAUUACAAAUUUUGAAAAUUUUGAAGGAGUACAUGAACGAGUAAAUCUAAAGAAAGAAUUGUUCUAUGAUGAUUCGUUUUUGUUAUCCUUGAUGGAUAAUAAUGACUAUGUGUCAUUGGUAUUGGCCAUAAACUAUAUCGAAGACCACAAGUUCACAAAUAUAGAAAAGUUUAGAGAAAGAUUGCUUCCGAAAGAAUCACUUUUGAAAGUGUGGAAACGGUUUCUCAAUCUUAGUGUUACCGAGGGGUUUGAAAGCCAGUUGGAUUUCAAUUCGAAAAUUAAUAUCAAUAAUAAUCUUAAUUCGAUCAAGCUAAGCAUUGUGUGGAUCAUAAUCAACUUAACAUGGAAAAAUGAUGUGUUCGAAUAUACCUUCCCCGGGACAGAAAAUGAACCCAGAAGAAGUGAAGGUGAUCACUACAGAAUUUAUGAUACGGUAGAGAGUUCGCCCAAUAGAAGAACCAGCUCAGCGAACGACCGAAUUGAUAUCGACAAUUCGGACGAUUCAGACAAUGAAAAGAAAGAGGCAAAUGACGACAACGAAAACAGCUCCAAUCGCAAUAAUCAUAGUGAUGCUACGAGCAAUCUUAUAGUGGGGGAGUCGGAUGAAAAGGUUACUACUCCCACCGAAAGAGCAAAAAUAUUGAAAAAAUAUGGGUUUCUCGAGGUACUCGACAAUCUCAUCGGGCAAUUAGGAAAUUACGAAAAGACUAAUAGAAACAAUUUAGAUAAAGGAUACACGGGACAGCGAUUCGAUUACUUUAUGAGCAAUGACUUGCUUGAAAAAAUCAAAACUGCUCGCUACCAGAUAUUCUCGCUUGAAUCCGGAGGCCAUAUUAGUUUCAGACCCAGGCAGACAAGACCCAGCCAGCAGAUCGAUCGCACUAUAGCACAACGGCCCUCAUCAACUACAGCAAGUAAUAGUGCUGCUGUUACGGCUGCUGUACUUGCAGCAGCGGGUGCUGGGUCGGGGACCAGUGCAGUACCUAGGUUAAUCGCAAGACCCGAUGUAAACAGAGGCGGUGAAGGCUACGGGUAUGGUUCGGACGAAGAUUUCACCGAUAUCUCGCCGAGUGCACCCAACGAGACGCAGGUUAACGACGACGAGGAUAUGGAAAACGUAGACGACGACGAUAAUGAUGAUGAUGAUGAUGAUGACGACUCGAUCGACGAGGAUUGGAUUCAUUAA